AUGGGACGGCGCAAGGGCAGGCGCGGGAGAGCGGAGCGGAGCGCGGACCAGGACGGGAGCAGGAGCAGGAGCGGAGACGGCGGCGGAGGGGGUAAGGGCAAGGGCAAGGGCCGGCGGGCGCGUGGGCCGGGCAAGGGUGGAGCCGAUGGCGCAGGAGGUGGCGCUAGCGGGCAGCGCAAGGCGGUGCCAUUUGGGGUGACCCGGACGGCGGCGACGCGCAAGGAGGCGGGCGUGGCGGGCGAGGAGUUUUAUGCCGACAGUAACGCGCUGCUGAGCGAGGACCAUUUGCGGGAGGCGCUGCGGAUGCGGUUUGAUCCGGAUGCAUGGCGUGCGGCGGCUGAGGCCACGGCCGGAUCGGGCCCGCAGUACGGGCGGGCGCUGCGCAAGAUGGUUCAGAUCGGGACGCUUGGCACGCUCCUCCGCGGAUGGUACACACUGCCAGACGGAGACGUGGUGCAUCUUGCCCGUAAGCGGCUUGACAAGGCUGCGCGCGGCACGGUGUGUGUCGACUACGAGGCCGAGGCCGCUGCGGACCCGGCGUCAUUGCGUGGCUCACUGCUGGCCGAAGUCGACGAGUGGUUCGGGCGUGACGUGAAGCCCGGUGAGGUCCCGCUGCAGACACAGGUGUGUCUCAUCCAAGGGGAUGUGCUCGAGACUGCUCUGGCGCUGCAGCGCGCAGUCGGCGCGUCGGCGCGCAACGUCUGUGUCCUCGUUAACGGCUCGUACAACAUGCCAGGCGGCGGCUGGAAGAAGGGCGCUGCGGCACUAGAAGAGAAUCUGCACCGGCGGACGUCGAUUGUCGAGGCGCUGGAAGACCCUUACUCUGUUGUUUCGGGCGCGCAGUGGAGAUAUCCGCUGCCGCAGGUCGGCGGGCUCGCUAUUCCGGCGGCGUGCGUCUUUCGCGGCUCGGAGCCAUCAGGCUACCCUUUCCUGGAGCGCCCGGCGUUUGUGUCGAUGGUAGUUGGCUGGGCAUUCAAAGCCCCACCGAUCGAAGGCACGGGUCCGUCCGCACGUCUGGGCAAGAAGGAGCGCCGACUGACUCUUGCCAAGAUUGCGUCGUGGCUCGACAUGGCGGUCGAGGUCUCGGGCAACUCGCCGCGGCCGAGGAUCUUUGUGGCCUCGCCCAUCGGGUGCGGCGUGUACGCCAACCCGCCGCACGACAUCGCCCGCCUUUUCUCCGCAGCCCUCGCCCUCCCACGCUUUGCGGGUGUCUUUGACAUUGUUGCUUUCUCCAUCCUCGACCCGACCGGACCCGAGACCUACGACGCCUUUGCCGAUGCCCUCGCUCCGAUCCUCACCCUCCGCGCCGAUAGCGGACUCACGCCUGCCCUCCUUGACCUCGUCAAGCCACCAGCGGACGCCGGGCCGUCUACGACCAUGCUUGCUAUGGUGUGCGUGGCACUGUGUGCGGCAGCGGUGGCGCAGGGCAACACGUCGCCGUCGACGUUCCAGCAGAAGACGGACCACUUUGACAACAGCAACACGGCGACCUUCAGCCAGCGGUACACGGUGAACGCGACGCACUACCGCAAGGGCGGGCCCAUCUUCUUCUUCCUCUCGGGUGAGGCACCCAUGGAGGCUUUUGAGUUCCAGGAGGUCCAGGCUCAGCUCUGGGCUGCCCAGCGCGGAGGCAUGUUUGUGGUCCUCGAGCACCGCUUCUACGGCCAGUCCAUGCCAGCGCCCGACUUUGCCACCCCCGGCCUCUCGCUGCUCUCCUCCGAGCAGGCGCUGGCCGAUGCCGCUGCCUUUGCUGUCUGGUUCAACGCCGAUCUGGAGGCCCGCGGCAUGGCUCCGGGCCCCUGGGUCGUUGUCGGCUGCUCGUACUCGGCCGGCCUCGCCGCCUGGUUCCGCACCCGCCAUCCUUACCUUGUUGUCGGCGCCGUCUGCCCCUCGGGCCCGGUCCAGGCCACCCUCGACCAGUCGGACUUUCUGGCCUGGUUCGAGCACGCUGCUCCCGCUCCGUGCGUGGCUGCCGCCAAGGCUGGAUCCGCCGCCAUCGAGGCCGAGCUUGCCCGAGGCCAGCCCGGCCUCGCGGCGCUCUCGACUGCUUUCAACACCUGCGAGCCGCUCACCGACGACGACGUCUUUUGGUUCCUGUGGAACGUGGCUCUGGCUGUCGGCACCGCCGACCAGUUCUCCAACUCGGUCCCGGAAAACACCCUGACUGAGGCGUGCGACAUCCUCGCCGCCGAGUCAGACCCGAUUGCUGCCUUUGCCAAGAUUGUGGCCACCUCGGAGAACAUCUACACUGCGCGUCCCGGUGGCAACUCGUGUGUCCACCUUUCGCAGUCGUACUUUAUUGCAGACAUGGCCCGUCCCGACAACCCCAACCGCUCGUGGUGGUGGCAGAAGUGCACCGAGUUUGGCUACUUUAAGACCUCAGUCAACGGCUCGUCUAUUUUCUUCCCCUCGUACUCGCUCGGCCUCGACCGCAUCGUCCCGCUCUGCGAGGCCAUCUACGGCAUCGACGGCCUCGCUCCGCAGAUCGAGUGGACCAACGCCAACUACGGCGGCAAGAACCUCGUCGCCGACAACGUCGUCUUUACCAACGGCCUCCUUGACCCGUGGCAUCUCCUUUCCAUCUCCUCCGACCUUCCGGCCCCUUCCAAGGUCAAGGCUGUGACCUACGAGGCCGGCCACUGCGCCACGCUCAACGCUGCAUCGCCCGACGAUCCGCCGUCGCUCCUCGCUGCGCGCAAGUUUGUCGAGGCCCAGCUCGACGCCUGGCUGGCAACCCAUUAG